CAUUGGCGGUGAAUUUUUACUAGCGUACAAUAUCGUUUUGCAUAACUCGCACGGCGAUAUCAUGGCCGGAUUUUAGGUUAUAAACUAGGGCACAUGUCAAAAUAAAUAGUAUCAACAAAAUAACUUGGGUCGCUUCAUGUUUGUUCAAAUCACAAAUUCAUGAAUGAAAUUUUGCAUUUUUCGCGAGUACCGUAACAAUGACGAUUUUCAGAAUGUUCUCGACGAUUUGGACAGCAUUAUUGAAAACGCAUCCUUCUUAGCUAUCGAUGGAGAGUUUACAGGAUUAAAUUCUGGGCCUGACGCCAGUGCCUUUGACACACCUGCUCAGUACUAUGCCAAGCUUAGAUCAGGAUCGAUGGAUUUUUUGCUAGUACAAUUUGGACUGUCCAUUUUUACCUAUGACGCAGAUAAAAAAAAAUACCUGCAGCAAUCGUACAAUUUUUACGUAUUCCCAAGACCUUUGAAUCGCGCAGCUCCUGACUGUCGAUUUAUGUGCCAGGCAUCUUCUAUAUCGUUUCUUGCUGAUCGAGGAUUCGAUUUCAACAAACUGUUCAAUAAGGGUAUACCUUAUUUGACUAGCGCCGAGGAAGAGAAACUUUGUAAAAAACUUGAAGAGAGACAAAAAGCUAGGGAUGAUGCACUUGAUUUGAUUCCCAUCUCAGAUGAUGACAGGCCACAAAUUGAGGAAAUAUGCACACGAAUCAAUGAUUUUUACAAUUCAGAGGCAGAAGAAUUGAUAAUAGACAGGUGCAAUGCAUUCAUCAGGAGGAUUAUACAUCAGGAAGCAAGAAUGCGAUGGCCAAACAAGCUCAGGCUAGAGGGUAAAACAGAUAGUAGUGGACAAUGGCUGGUUGUGCAAAAAAUGGGAAGUAAAGAAGAGGAAGAAAAAAAAGAGGCAGAACGGAGAGAGAAGGAACAAAAUGACAUGAAACAAGCAGUAGGCUUGAGUGCUUUGUUGAGAAAAAUUUCUGAUUCUGGGAAACUGAUCGUUGGUCACAAUAUGUUACUAGAUCUCUGCCACAUAGUCCACCAAUUUUUCUCAACUCUUCCGGAAAGUUAUCACGAAUUCAAAUCGCUUGUUCACUGCCUAUUUCCAAAGUUGUUGGACACUAAAAUAAUGUGUCAGUCGCCACAAUUUAGAGAAAGCAUUCCGUGUUCGGUAUUGAACGCUUUACAUGAAACUGUGAGCAAAUCGCCUUACUGUAUACCAGAAAUGGACGUCGUUCCAGAUCGCAGUUACACCUCUCUGGUCGAUAGAUAUCACGAAGCUGGCUAUGAUGCUUAUAUAACUGGACUGUGCUUCAUUUCGCUGUCCAAUUACCUAGGCACUUUGCAGACUCCCGAAGUUUCCAUGGUGCUGCCGGACUCGCCUCUGUUGAAUCCAUUCAUGAACAAGCUGCUCAUAACAAGGUUAAAGGAUUUUCCUUAUAUAGAUUUGACUGGAAAAGAUCCCAAUCCACGGAGAGACCAUGUCUUUCACAUUACUUUUCCAAAAGAAUGGAAACUCAGCGAUAUCUCUCAGCUGUUUAGCCCUUUCGGUGGCAUCUAUGUGUCUUGGUUGACAGACACGACGGCCUACGUUGGUUUAAAUCGGCGAGAUCAGUCCAGCGCGGUGAACAAGCACAAUUUCACGAAUCAAAAUAUACGGCUUCAAAAAUACGCGGAACAUCAGGCUUCGAUUGAAGCUCCUAAAAACCAUAGCCCAGCCCACCAAGGAGACCGAAAACGGAAGCUCUCGUCGUCUGAUAAUAUUGCGGCUACGGGGAAUAAUGCCAGGAAACCGGAAGCGAAUGGCGAACAGGGUCAGACGGUCGACGACGAGGGCUGGGAAACAGCUACAGGUAAACGACGCCGGAACCGGAAGGGGGCGCCAAAUUCAGCUGGAAACUCAGGUUCACCCGCAGAGAUCCGGAAAAAACCCUUCGCGGAAUUGGAGAGAUGGGGGUAGAGGAAGUUCGGAACAACUUGUCGUGUACGUCGAUCGCUUUUGAGCCUGCAAGUAAUCUCCGUGAUUUGACUGUAUUUUUUUCAACUUUUUUUUUUUCUUUUUCACGUCUGGUGUAAAGUGGAGAUCAACGUUUUGAAAAUUCAUUUCAUUCCACUG